CAGCCCCACUGGCUGCUCCCAACACUCCUGGAGAGAGGAAAUUCCUUCUUUCCCUCCGGGCCUCUUGUGGUUUCCCUCCGUGUGACACUACUUGGGCGGGCCCUGCAGCUACUUCUCAUAACCUGAGGACUCCAGCUUCUCUGCCGCUGUGGCUGAAGGGCCAGAGCUGGUCUUCCUGGUGCUCGGGGACCUGCCCUGGAAUUAGCCGGCGUGGGCGGCUCAGACGACUGAGCACAGGACACGGAGCUGGCCCUGCGUCCCGUCAUGUCGCCCCAGCUCUCUGCAGUGGCAGUGUUCUUCCUGUCCCUGGCCGUAAUCUUGCAUGGUGGUCAUCAAGUAAGAGUAAAAGCAUUUCCAGGGACCAGAAACUGUCUUCCACCAACUGCAGCCGCAACCGGACAGGCCACAGCCAACCCUCUCCUGCAACUGACGAAGGAAGUGUCACACAAAACUUCCGCAGCCAGCUCAACAGGCAGUCACACCACCUCAAAAACAGCCGGGAAAACCUCCAAGAACCCAACACACACAAUCACAACUACCUCACAAACUCCAGGAAGUCCCUCAUCCUCCAGCCCAGUCAUCUACACCCUGGCCACCCCAAACAACACACACACACUUCCUCCAAUUACUGAAGCUACCCUCGGCCCCAGUUUGGCUCCUCAUUCCCAGCCACCCCGGUCCUCUCCAAGCUCUACACCCAGAGCCAGCCCAUCCACUGGCAGCCACACGACGACGUGGAAAACCACCCAACCCGGGAGCCAGUCCACUCCCUCCAAAACGCUGUUCACAACACCACACAAAAGCACAGGCGGUCAGAAACCUCCUCCACCCACCCUUUCCCCAGGAACUUCUAUAACCACACCCAAUGGCACCCCAACAGCCUCCCCUGGAACUUCCACAGCCACACACAAUGGCACCCAAAGAACAGCCUCCCCUGCCACCACAGUUCCUGGGGCUACCCUUGUGCCUCAGCCAUCGUCUGCCAAGACCGGAACUUAUCAAGUUCUAAACGGAAGUAGGCUCUGCAUAAAAGCAGAGAUGGGGAUAGAGCUGAUUGUUCAAGAAACAAAGUCGGUUUUUUCACCUCAGAGAUACUUCAACAUCGACCCCAACACAACCAAAGCCUCUGGCAAUUGUGGCUUCCGAAAAUCCAACCUUCUCUUGAGUUUCCCUGGUGGAUCUGUGAAUCUCACAUUUACCAAGGAAGAAAAUUCAUAUUAUAUCAGUGAAGUAGGAGCCUAUCUGACUGUCUCAAAUCCAGAGAAAGCUUUCCAAGGGUUGAAAACAGGGAUGGUGAUGUUUGAGACAGUGGUCGGCCAUUCCUUCAAGUGUGUGAGCAAGCAGAGCACACAGCUGUCCGCCCAGCUUCAGCUGAAAACAAUGAACGUCCAACUUCAAGCCUUUGACUUUGAAGGAGACCACUUUGGAAAUGUGGACGAGUGCUCCUCGGACUACACAGUUGUGCUUCCGGUGAUCGGGGCCAUCGUGGUUGGCCUCUGCUUUUUGGGUCUGUGCCUCAACGCGACCCGUCUAAGGCGUCAGCCAGGCGGGUACCAGAGGAUCUGAGAGCAGCCCGCCGGAGAUGAGUCACAGAGCUCGGAAGAUUCUUUCAUGGCGCGUCCAAGAUGCGGGGCGUCCCCCAGAGGGUGCAUCCCGGACCACGUAAACCACUGCGGUCUGCUAAAACCAAGUGAACCGUAUUUGUGAUUUAAAUUCAAGUAGCACGUCAAUUUUUACAUUUUUUUUGUUCAUCCGUGAAAGGUUGUGAGGUUUAAGAGUAUUUUCCAGUUUUCUUCAGAAUAUUUUAACCACUCACAGGCAACAUUUGCUAGAGGCGCGUGGGGGAGCACUCUGGUAAUCCCUGGUAAUCCCAGCAUUCGGGAGGCUGAGGCAGGAGGAUCAUUGAGAGUUCAAGGCCAGCCUGAACUACAAAGCUAAACCUUGUCUCAAAAAACAAACAAAAAAUGCCUUUGCUUUAUCAAAUGGACUUUCAAUGCUUUUACCACCUGUGUUUAUUCCAUGUACAUAUGUCUAGGAUAGUACCCACCUCCUUUUCUUCUUUAAUUUUUUUUUUUAAUCAUCAAAAAGAAGGAGCUAGGCAUGAUGAUGCAUGUCUGUAAUCCCAGCCCUUGGGAAGCUGCGCUAGGAGGAUUGAAAGUUCAAGGCCAGCCCAGACUAAAGAGUAAGAACCUAGGCUGGGGAUUUAGCUCAGUGGUUCCACCGCCUGCCUGGCAAGCACAAGGUCCUGAAUUCGAUCCCCGGUACCAAAAAAAUAAAUAAAUAGAGUAAGAACCUGUCUCAGAACAAACCAACACACACAGUUUUGGGGUUUUGUAUUUGUGGUGCUGGGGAUUGAACCCAGGCCUUCAUGGAUGUUAGGCAAGCACUUUACCAAUGACCUACACCCCCAGCCUUUUCUUUUUAUUCCAAGACAGGAUUGAAACUAAGUUGCCCAGGCUAGCCUCAGACUUCCUUCAGCCUCCCAAGUACAGAGACUACAGCUGUGCAGCGUCCUACCUGGCUUGUCUGGGUUUCUGUGGGAAGCCAACAAGAGGAACAAAUCAGCUAAUAUUUUUUAUGUUGAUGAUUCUUGCUCUAGAAGCACCAAGAACUAAGAAUUAGCUGUUUACAGACAAGAACGGAAUUUAAUAAGCAUGCAACAAUAAUCACAGGGUUUAAUUACUGAAUAUGUACGACAGACUCUAGGCUAAGCCAUUUACAUCCGUCUCAUUUAACCUUCACAAGGUACAGAAGAGUAAGCUCAAGGGAAUCACCUAAGUAUCACCCACCUAACAGGUGGCAGAGCCGGGAUUAGAACGCAUGUCGGCCUGGUCCCAAGGCCUUGGACUUCUUCUCACACCAAGGUGCCCACAAGAACAAUAACCGCAAGUUCUGCCUAGAGUCUCCCACCAGCUGAUGAAGCAGCCCGCUCCUUUGACGGUAACUGAGGGGCUUUACAAAAUAUUAGUUGCUCACUAAUAUCUUAAAGAGGAAGGAAAGGAAUUGACUUCUCAAGGUAUGUUUUAUUCAAAAACAGAGACGUCUUCUCCCCACUGACCAACUUUCCUUUCUUGGAUGUAGAUCGCCCUCUUGUGGUCGCUUGCUGCUUCUGCCCGUUAGAGAGGAGGCUCUGAAUUGCGUUCCUGCUGGGUUUGGCCUGGAUUAGAAAGGAGCUAAAGCAGAAUACCAGCAGCAAAGACCAGAUCUUAAUUUCCCUGAGUUGUUCACUUAUAAGUCACUAGGGUCGGGAGGGUCCCGACUUUAGUCCUAAUAGAAGACAGAAUUGUAUUAAAAUGUUUCAUAAUAAAAACUUAUUUUGGAGAUUCA